CAUUUCUAAAAAGUGAGUGCUCGACUAUUUCGUGCAUGAAACGACACAGCAGUGUUUGGGAACUAUCUCAAAUCACGACAACGCUCAAUUUUUGUCAUGUGUCUUCCUUUUAGCAGCUUUCAACUGUGAUGCCGGAUAACUCGAAACGACAAAUCGAGUCAUAGCUCCCGCUUUGUGUCUGCUUCGGAGCAUCAGACUGCAAAAAUGGCAGCAAGCGACGACAACUUCGACCAGUUCGACGACGAACUUCCCGAGGGCUCGGAAGUUCAAGGUGGUGACAGACGCAAGCGCCUAUUCUCCAAGGAAUUGAGAUGCAUGAUGUAUGGCUUCGGCGAUGACCAGAACCCCUACACAGAGUCUGUGGAUCUCCUAGAGGAUCUCGUCAUCGAAUUUAUCAUCGAAAUGACCCACAAAGCAAUGGAGAUUGGGCGCACUGGCCGCGUCCAAGUGGAGGACAUUGUGUUCCUGGUGCGAAAGGACCCCCGCAAGUAUGCUCGAGUCAAGGAUCUGCUCACCAUGAAUGAAGAACUUAAGAAGGCCAGGAAGGCCUUCGAUGAAGUCAAGUACGCCUCGGUGUAGCUGACAGCUGUUGCCAUUAAAAGCUGGCCUGAAAAGCGA